CUAUAUCUCUGCUCCACAUUUAACCCCUCCACUUCUUCCCACAAAUCCAAGGGUGAGAGAGAGAGAGAGAGACAGAGACAGAGAUGGAAGAGGAGAGGCUGGUGCAAGGCCAAGUAGAAAUAUUCCGACAACUCUUUGCAUUCGCAGACUCGAUGGCACUCAAGUGUGCAGUCGAGCUUGGGAUCGCAGACAUAAUCCACCGGAACGGCCGCCCCAUGACCUUGCACCAGAUAGCAGCUGAGCUGCCGGCAACCUCACCGGACAUCGGUUGCCUCCUCCGCAUCAUGAGGCUGCUGGUCAGGAAACAUAUGUUUGUGCAGCACGAUCCGCCACCUGGUGAUGGAAUUAACCACCAGCCCGAAUUCGGUCUAACGCCAGCCUCUAGGUGGUUGGUCAAGGAUGGUGAGCACAGUCUGGCUCCUAUGGUCCUCAUGCAAAACCAUCCUUCUGCUUUGGCUCCAUGGCACUGCUUCAGCAAGUGCGUGCAAGAGGGAGGUGUAGCCUUCAAGAAGGCUCAUGGUCUAGAUAUCUGGGAAUAUGGAGCUGUCAACCCUGAAUUUAACCAGCUAUUCAAUUCUGCUAUGGCUUGUACAAACAAAAUCAUAAUGAAGGCAGUCAUAGCCAAGUAUGAGCAUGGGUUCAAUAGGCUUUCCUCGCUUGUGGAUGUCGGUGGCGGCACCGGAGCAGCCAUUGCAGAGAUAGUGAAGGCCUGCCCACACUUGAAAGGGAUCAACCUGGACCUCCCCCAUGUUGUUGCCACUGCACCAGAGUACCAGGGGAUCACUCAUGUGGGUGGCGACAUGUUUGUGGAGAUUCCCAAGGCGGAUGCCGUCUUUAUGAAGUGGAUAUUGCAUGAUUGGAGUGAUGACCACUGCAUAAAGAUAUUGAAGCAAUGUAGGAAAGCAAUUCCACAUGACAAUGGGAAGGUCGUAAUAGUGGAUGCUGUGCUGCAGUCCAAUGUCACCGAAGAUGCCUGGGAAGAUACUAGAAUGGCAUUUGAUGUAACAAUGAUUGCACACGCUUCGGGAGGGAAGGAGAGGACAGAAGUGGAGUGGAGGAAGCUGCUGAAGGAUGGAGGGUUCAACCAUUACAACAUAAUCUCCCUCCCUUCUCUUCCAUCUCUAAUUGAAGUUUUUCCAAAUUGAAUACUAGAAACACUAAGCAUGCCAUAGAACUUGUGAACAAUGUUAAUGUUAGUUCUUAAGUUUGCAAUUAGAAGGAGAAAAAAAUCAAGCAUGUGGACAAGCCAAUUUCAUGAGUGUCUGUCAGCAUUGGAUCUAUUUCAUUUGUUGAAUAAUAUGUACUACAAUGAAAUGUUAGAGAUGUGAGGGGCAUCUAAGCA